AUGGAAUCUUUGUGCUUGGGAAAACAUGUUUGGGCUAUCUCUAACAAGAAGGACAAUCUAUGGGUGAAAUGGGUUAAUUCAGUCUAUAUUAAACAGUGUAGUUGGUGGAAUUAUGAAGCCCAUGCUAAUGCUAGCUGGUAUUGGACUAGAAUUGUGCAGACUAAAAACAAACUAAAGCAAGUUUUUACUGAAUUUGAGUUCCAGGCCUUUCAAUACAAUAUUGCUGAGACUUAUUCAAAAUUAAGGUUGAAAUCAGAAGGGCUGUGGCCCUAUGCUCUGAUUUGGGAUUCUUUUUGUACCCCAAAACAUAGAGUCAUAUCUUGGUUAGAUGUGAGACUCCGGCUUCCAACUAAAGAUAGACUUAUUCGGUUUGCAGUGGUGAAAUCUAGUGUUUGCAUGAUUUGUGAAGAUUAUGAUGAAACACACUCUCACCUUUUCUUUUCCUACUGUAAUAGUAGGAAAGUUAAAGAGGAAAUGAGCAAAUUGCUUGGAUGGAAUAUGAGGAGUCAGGAUUUGGUUUGUUUAGUUAAAGGGCUAAAGAAUAGGAGAGUGACGCAAGGAAGAAAGAAAGUUUACAUGAGUACUAUUGCUGCUUUGGUCUACUUCAUUUGGCAAAGUAGGAAUAGCGUUUUAUGGGAGCAUAAACUCCCUACAGUCUAA